AUGAGCAAUCCUCUUCCAUUCCCUUUGCAAAGAAACCCAGUCAACAAUGAGAUUGUCCUUCCCUUACGGAAACAUAAAAACAUUGUACUCACGCCAACCAGACAGGAGGACUCAGCGCCUCUGGUAGAAUAUUUCAACGACGUUAGGGUGUAUCAUUGGUUGGCUAGUCCCCCACGCCCAUUCCUUAAAGGCAAGUUGCCCAAACACGCAGAAGAGCUACUAGGAAAUUUAAAGGCGUUGUUUGAUGUCGCAUUGAGCCAGCUAGAGGAAGUAGAGCUCGGUAACUCCCCAACAUCCAGGCUUUACGACGGUGCCCCUGUGGGUUGUAUUCGCGAGCUUCAAGAAGAUGGCUCCGACCUGCUCAUUGGCAUUAUUAAAAUCAGACGGGAUAACUUCGGUGAACACCUCCACACAGAUUCAACCAACUGGGAAAACAAAAUAAAGAACGAAAUGGAAAAUACAAAACUUGAAAGGGCUACUGACCAGGACACGAAAGGUUCCCUUGCACCAAGUCAUCACAACAAAGGUAUUAUGACGGAUGCUGUUGACACGUUAUUACAGGAUUGGGCCGUGCCGCACAUGGCAGUGCGUCGAGUGAUUGUGGGCGCCUUUUCCGAAAACAUUGCUAGCAUCAAGAUGUUCGAGAAAAACGGGUUUCGUAGAACCCGGUUCAUUGAAAGUUAUCGGGAGGUACGAGGCGAAAUGAGAAAUUUACAGCUUUUGGAAAGGGAAUACGACAUUGAAGAAUCAUAG